AUGCACAAGAUAUCCAACUUCACCGGCCAGGCCCGCCAUGGAUGGGAGAAGAUGACGCCCUCGAUGGGCUUCGGCAUGUCACGAUCACAUAACGACCUCCCCAACCAGCCCGUCAAGCGCCCUUCCAACGCCGCCGCCGUCACGCCCACCAUAACGCCCGGCACCUGGGUCAACCUCUCCUUCAACGUCCCCUUCGCCUCCAACCUCGCCGGCCCUGACGCCGACGAUGUCAUCUACGCGAGUCCCGGCGCUUUCGCCCGGUGGGUCCGGCAAGAAGAGGCACCUGAUGGCGCACUGCCGCCGCCGACACACACGCUGCCCGUUCACGUCGCCAACGUCGAGAACCUGCGCGCAUUAUGCAAGCACCUGAGUGCCAGCACCAACGGCCAGCUCGAGGCGACCGUCGUGUCCUCGGAACCAAAGCCGCUGCCAGGCCUGCAGCGCGUCACCACCCUCGUUACGAACGUCUGCCUGUCGGGAGAGGCCGAGCAGGUGCGCCAGACUCGGUGCCAGAUCCUGAACGAGACGCCGAUUUCGCUGCGGUGUGCCACUGUGGACGUAGAUUACAGCUUAGUGUUUGAGAACGAUGGCGUCAAGUCACAGGUCCUGAACCAUCUUGAUGAGAUUUCCAAGGUUACCAAGGCAGAUAUCUUCCUGCUGCAGCCUAAGCCCAUCGACAUCGAGUCUGCCAGUAUCAACGGCACGCUGCACGAUGCGGAGCAGCGCCUCAGGUGCGCCAUUUACGGCGAUAUGGAGAGUGCAGAGCACGCGAAGACGCGUGUUCUGAUCAUGAUCGAUCAGAUUCUUCAACGCCAUGUCGAUACCAUGAAGCUCGAGCUCUCCAUGCACACGCUCAUCUGUGGGCGGGCUCGCAAGAACAUCAAGUUGAUCGAGUCUGCAACUAACACGGCCAUCUACUUUCCCCCGCCGUUCCCUCGCUUGUACGGUUACACGCCACCAGGGGCAAUCCGGCGGCCUGAAGACGAGAUCAUCAUCACUGGCGAGAACCCCGAUGACAUCUUGCAGGCCAAGCGGAGGCUGCAUGACCUUGUCCUGAGCACCCGGGCGUUUGUGAAGGAGGUCAUUGUCACCACCAGCAAGAUCGACAGCAUUUUGCUCGAGCGUCUCGACAAGGUUCGCAAGAUUAUCGAGAACAACGGCUCGUAUAUCUUGCUGCCCCCACUGGGAUUCCAGCGCGGUCCGAUCCGCGUGCAGGGAACGGAUGUUCUGAACGUUGAGCGGACCGUGCGGGAGCUCAUGGCAUUGGCCGGUCAGUUCUACAGCGCUUCGUGGUGCAUCACCCACCCCGAUGGUCACCAGAGGCCUCCUACCCCGGACGACGUGCGGGCCAUGCUGUCGGAUAUUUGCAUCAACUCUGGUGCUGAGAUCAGCUUCGAGAGGUUGAACUUCCACAUCAGUGGAUCUGACGAUGCUGUGAAGGCCGCCAUGAUGGUCAUCAACAACAUCCCUUUCGUCCGCAAGUCCCAGUACCAGAUGAGCGUCAAGAUCGAGCUGGCCAACGAGCACAAGGAGUUCGUCAGCGGCAAGAAGAACGGCAAGAUCAACAAGAUCAUGAGCCAGAGCAAUGUCCAGAUUGUCUUUGAUGGCUUCAACGAGUACAACUUCUACAUUGUCGUCCGCGGCAACCGCUACGACGAUGUCAAGGGGGGUCUUGAUCUCGUGGAACAGGAGAUGCCUGCGGCAAUUUCGUUCCACGUGCCUGACCAGUACCACAAGCGCAUCAUCGGUAUCGGUGGUCAGCACAUCCAACGCAUCAUGAAGAAGUACUCUGUCUUCGUCAAGUUCUCCAAUGCGAUGGAUCGCGGCGGUCUCGGCAAGGAGGAAGACGACAUCAAGGUCGACAAUGUCAUCUGCCGUACUCCUGCUCGUAACGCGCAGAACCUUGACCUCGUCAAGCAGGAGAUCAUGGACAUGGUUGAGAAGGUUGACGCCGAGUUCGUCUCUGAGCACGUCGUCAUCAACCGUCUCUACCACCGUGAGCUGAUCUCUCGCAUGUCUGAUAUCGAGGACCUCGAGAAGAAGUGGAACUGCAAGAUCGUCUUCCCGAGCACCGAGCAGGCCAGCGAUGUCGUCACGGUCUCCGGCCCCGAGUACCAGGUGCCCCAGGCCGUCGAUGAGUUCUUGGCCAUGGUUCCUGAGAACCACGAGAUGACUUUCAUGGCCCCUGCCGAGCUGAAGGACUUCCUCCGCUCCGAGGACUUCAAGAAGGAUGUCGUUCUGAAGAUGAAGACCCAGUACAACAUGGACAUUCAUCUGCACGACACUCAGCCCGGCCCCGCCGAUGCCCCUGACCGUACGAUCGAGGCUCUGGUCAUGAGCUACACUCGCAACUAUGCUGGCGGUCUCAAGGACGCGAUCGACUUCCUGAUCGCUCGCCUUGUCGGACACGGUCUGGAUGUUACCCAGAUCAUCAAGGGUGCUAUUCCUCGUCCGAAGUCCGACUCGUUCGAGGAUAGCCUGCCUUACUUCUCGUCCAAGGUUCUCCAGCCUGCCGAGCCUCGUCUUGACUCGACCGACUCGCCGACUCGCUCCGUCUUUGGCGAUGACAACCACUCGAUCCACGAGCGUGUUGGCUUCCUUGACCGGCUCCGCAAGCCUGGCAGCAUGUCGUCCUUCUCGUCGUUCAUCGAGCGCCGCAAGAACGGAUCCAACUCCCCCGGAUCUCUGUUCACGCAUGCGUCUCGUAACGCGUCGAAGGCGUCGCUGGUGUCGCUGGAGUCGACCAACAGCUACCGCAACCCCUGGAACGACAGCGGUAUCAACUUGCCUGAGGAUGAACACCACCACACCAAUGGCUGGCCCGUACCGGCAGCCCCCGGCUUUGGCUACCACUCGAACUCUUCCAAACUUUCUUUUCACACGCCCACUACUACCGCGGCGCCUGGGGACAUGACACCCCGGUACGACCCCCGGGCGUCGGUUGACAGUGGGCGCCCUAGCACUUCCCAUUCUGCUUCUGGAUACCCGGCCCCGAUUGGGCCUCCUCGUUGA